GUUCACAACUAGAUACUGUGAUAUCAAGAAGAGAUGGUGGAAGCGGAACUGCAAGAGACUUAAACAAAGUUCAUGGUCGUGCAAAUGCUGUAAAAGGUGAAAAAAAUCUUAUUCAAGCUUAUAAAGAAAUUGCAGCAAUGAGUGAUGCAAUCAGUCUACCAAAAGUUAUAGCUGAUAUUGCCAAACAAUUGUACAAACGUGUUGAGGAAGAAAAACUGUUGAGAGGAAAAAGUACAGAGUCUAUAAUUGCAGCAUGUAUAUUCAUUGCUUGUCGCCAACAAAAUGUACCAAGGACUUUUAAAGAAAUCUGUGCAAUAACCCGUGUUCCAAAAAAAGAAAUUGGACGUUGUUUCAAAAUCUUAACAAGUACAUUCGAAACUAAUGUAUCAACAAUGACAUCCGAAGAUUUGAUGUCACGUUUCUGUUCAAUGUUGCAUCUUAGAAUGGAAGUUGAAAAGGCUGCUCUGGAACUUACAAGUAGAACAAAGGAGCGUGGCACUUUGGCAGGUAAAUCUCCCGUCUCGGUAGCUGCUGCUUGUAUCUAUAUGGCUUCAUGUUUGUAUCAACAACCAAAAUCACCAAAAGAUGUUGCUGAAGUAACUGGUGUCUCCGAAUUAUUGCUAAUAGUUAUUGUAGUUAACAAAAAUAGUAAUAAUAUGUUCAAAAAUAAAAGUUAA